GCUCCUUCCUCCCAUUCAAAAUCUCCCUCCCAAGCUAUCACCAAAAUUCCCCCCCAAGUAACCUAUCUGUAUACAUGGAUGUCUCUAUACAUAGCCACAGAAGCCGGGAAGAAAGCACCAUUUUUCUUCUCCUGCACUUUGUUUGUUGUUUCAUCUCUAGUGUUUGAUUUUUGGAGCUAAAGGAAAAAACAUGAUAAUGGGCGAUGAGAGGAUUGAGGUAGCUUUCUUCGAUGUUGAGACAACUGUACCGACCCGACCCGGACAAGGAUUCGCAAUCCUAGAGUUUGGGGCUAUUCUUGUUUGUCCAAGGAAACUCGUCGAGCAGGAGAGUUACUCCUCCCUAGUACGGCCCACUGAUCUGGCCCUCAUUUCCACACUCUCUGUUCGCUGUAACGGUAUUACCCCAGAAGCAGUCACAAACGCCCCCACCUUUGGUGAAAUCGCUGACAAAGUCUAUGACAUUCUCCAUGGGAGAAUAUGGGCGGGCCACAAUAUAGUGAAAUUUGAUUGUCAUCGGAUUCGGGAAGCAUUUGCUGGGAUUGAUAGGGCAGCACCAGAGCCUAAGGGAAUAAUUGAUACAUUGUCCUUAUUGACUCAGAGAUUUGGAAGGAGAGCUGGUGACAUGAAGAUGGCCUCACUUGCUAGUUAUUUUGGCCUUGGACAGCAAACACAUCGGAGUUUGGAUGAUGUCCGAAUGAAUCUUGAAGUGCUGAAGUAUUGUGCAACUGUCUUGUUUCUGGAAUCCAGCCUGCCAGACAUAUUUACAGAGAACAGUUGGGUGUCUCCUAAUGCUACUACAAGAAGCCGUGCUAAUGGGAGAGCUUCUCCAGGGGAGACGGGCUUCAGUGCAGAUAGACCCUCAUCAAGUGUCAAGAUAGAAACUUAUGUGGAGAGGAUGGCAGAAAUCAACCCUUUUAACAUGGCCAGAGUGGAAGAGUCCCUUCUAUCAGAUGACAUGGAAGAUGAAUCUGGUUCAUAUUCUCCAGGAUCUUCCACAACUGCAACUGAGAGUUUCAUUGGCUGCCCUGACUUCUUAGAACCAAAUGAAAUCUCAAUACCUUCGGUCUCUGUAAGUCUUGCCCCUUUUUGUCGUGGGUCUCAGAAGAUACAGGUAUUGCACGACUAUGGUGAACUACAAAUUUGCUGUAGACGAAUGAAGGUGCGGUUUGGUGUUAGUUCAAAGUAUGCUGAUUAUGCUGGUCGGAGACGAUUGAGUUUUGUGGUUGAUGCAUCAUCAGACCUGUGCCAAAUCCUGGAUGCAGUUGAUAAUCUUGCUCAAAAACUAUCUGUCGACUCAGGUAGCAGCUCAGAGUGGAGGCCUGUGGUAACUAGAAAACCUGGCUUUAUGAACUAUCCUACUGUCCGAUUAAAUUUACCAACUGUUAUAGAUGGUAACAAUUCCCGCUGGAUCACAGAGAUUUACCAGAAAGAAUCUUCUACAACACAAAAGCUCGUCUUUAGUAAAUUCGAUGUGACAGAACUGGAGUCCUUGAUAACACCAGGAACAUUUGUGGAUGCUUACUUCUCUGUGGAUUCAUAUGACAUCCAACAGAAUGCUGGCAUCCGUUUAGUCGCAGAAAAGUUGAUCCUGCACUCCACCUAAUAGUAAUAGAUCAGGUCCCAGAUUGACUUGUAUAACUUAAACUUAGGUGGCUUGGACUGUUUAUGAGAUUGACCAUAGUUAGAAUGAUUCCUGUGAAAUCUUUCAAGAGGGAGACUUUAAUUAGCUCUGAUAAAUUGAAAGGUUUUAUCCAACCUAUCACCUGUAAGUUAAGUGAACUUUGUUCCCACGUCUUUGUGUUUAAUGUGAUAAAAAAUUCACAGGUGACUUUACCGUGUUGUUUU